AACAAAAAACAAAAACAAAAAUAAAGUCAAGAGAGACUCUGCUGCGAUCUCUCUCCUUCGUUUCUUUGGGUGGUCGUAUUAUAAUCAGAGACAGAGAGAGAGAGACAACGAUUCAGGAAGAGAGAGAGGUAUAGCCCCCGAAAAGACUAUUUUGACCUUUCGUCAUUGCAGCUGCCUUCUCUUCUUCUUCUUCUUCCUCCUCCUCUCUGCCAAUUUCGUUGUUCGGUCACCAUGAACGAGAAGGCCAACGUCACCAAGGAGCUCAACGCCAAGCACAGAAAGAUACUGGAAGGACUUCUUAAAUUGCCAGAGAAUAGGGAAUGUGCUGACUGCAAAGCCAAGGGUCCAAGAUGGGCCAGUGUGAACUUAGGUAUCUUUGUAUGCAUGCAGUGUUCUGGGAUCCACAGAAGUCUCGGGGUACACAUAUCCAAGGUGAGGUCUGCUACCUUGGACACAUGGCUACCAGAGCAGGUGGCAUUUAUUCAAUCAAUGGGAAAUGAAAAGGCAAAUAGUUACUGGGAAGCAGAACUACCUCCAAACUAUGACAGAGUUGGUAUUGAAAAUUUUAUUCGUGCAAAGUAUGAAGAUAAGAGAUGGGUCGCUAAAGAUGGAAAACCAAAAUCACCUUCUAGAGGACGUGAGGAAAAUGCUUCCACACAUUGGCAGAGACCUGUUGAAAGCAGUGGGCAUGGGUAUAUCGCAAAUUCUGAAAAGAAAUUUGAGGAAAGGAAGAACAUACAAACAGCUAGUAGAAGAGACAGUGUUCCUGCCGGAAGAAUCAGUCUUCCUGUUCCUCCUAAAGGGCCUGAUCAUGUUGUACAGGUCCCAAAACCACAAAAUGUUCAGAAAACAGAACCAGCAGUUCCACAGGCUGAAGCAACAAAGCCAGCUGCUGAAGUGGCUUCUGCUGCGCCUCCAAAAGUUGAUUAUGCUACUGACCUUUUCGGCAUGCUCUCAGUAGAAAGUCCCAGUGAGAAUAGCUCAGAUGCAGCACCAGCUGACGAUAAUGAUUGGGCAGGUUUCCAGUCGGCUAACGAAGCAUCAAAAAUUGAGAAAACCAGUCCACCAAAUGCAGCAGAAGGCAGUAGCAAGUCUGCAUCAGGAAUCGAGGAUUUAUUUGCAGAUUCACUGUCAUUAACACCUGUUGCAGAGAAACCCAAGAAAGAUGUUAAAAAUGAUAUUAUGAGUCUUUUUGAGAAGUCCAAUAUGGUGUCACCAUUCGCUAUGCAUCAACAGCAACUCACAAUGUUGGCUCAGCAGCAGUCUCUUUUCAUGGCUGCAGCUAAAUCUGCUGGUGGGGACCAAAAGUUUCCGGGCACUACACAACAACCUGUUUUGAAUGGAAGCAAUUUACCUUCCCAACAGCAACUUGCAAUGCUGGCUCAGCAGCAGUCUUUUCUCAUGGCUGCAGCUAAAUCUGCUGGCAUGGACCAAAAGUUCCCUGGCGUUGCUCAACAGCCCGUGUCAAAUGGAAGCAGUUUACCCUCCCAAAGUUGGCCAAACAUUGGCUACCAAAUUCCUGGAAUGAUGAUGCCUAUAGAUGGACAGGCAAGGACAGCGGGACCGGCAAAUCCAACAGGAAGUUCUGUUCCAUAUCCAACGUCUAGCUUUUAUUCUAUGCCCCAAGUUAGCCCAGCUAAUGGCCUUACAAAUGCUGGAGUGAACAAAACUCAGUCACCGGCUCCAACAUCGGCUGCAGCUUCUUCUACCCCAAUACAAAAGGGAAAAGAUUAUGAUUUCUCUUCAUUAACACAAGGGAUGUUCGCAAAACAGUAAGGACCCAUGAUGGGUGAUGAUCCGAUGUCUCUGUUAUACCAUUAAAAAAAAAAAUGAAAAGAACAGUUGAAUCACAGGAAAAUAUUACUUUCUUUCCCCUUUUUUCCACCUGUACUGGGGUUUGUAAUCUAUUUGUAGAGGCAGUACCACUUUUUGGCUUUUCAUCUAUUGGUGAUUACUUCAUUUGUAUGGUUAGAACUAUUUGAGAAAUAAGAUGGUUUUAGAUUGAUCACA